GCUUCAAUUAGCUUGCCCAAUUGCCCUUUGGGCAGUUUGGUAGUUAUUUCACUUUAAUAGCUCUUGUGCUAAAUAUCCUCACAGACUAUCAACAUGCCUGCAAUCAACAAAUCCAUUGUCGCACGCGACACCUUCGGCCACAUUGUCCGCCGUGAGAACUGGGCUCGUCAAGAAGCCGGUGUCGUCGUCGUGUUCUGCAUUGUCUUCGUUGUGGCUGUCGGCCUGAUUGGUUUAUGGAUAUCCAAGUGCCUCGCAAAGCGAAAAGCCCAGAAGGCCACUGUGCACGCAUAAAUGACUUGAACGAGAGCGAGCGGGGAUCCGGGGGACUUGGGGGGAUGGGGUUGUUAUGGACGACGAAACGAGACAUCAGUGACGUGCUACCUACUUCGAUUCGGCGACACGUCUAUCCCUCACGGAUACAUUGAUCAAUCAUGUUCGUAUACGAGAGGACCUAGGAACUGGGGUUGGCUGUGGUUCAAAGAAUGUUAUACAUGUUGCGUUUCACAUGUUUAACACGCCAUUUAUCGACAAUCUCUAGUUAAGAGAUGCCAGUCUCGAUAGAGUUUCAAAUGCUCUAAUUUUCUCUAAUACCAAUUACUUUUGAUAAUUCGUUCAUGUCUAAGAGCUCUGAAGAAUUCAUAGUGACGUGCUUUGCCCCAUUCCUAAUCGGACUAUGUUGGGUAUUGUGAUCCCAUAACCAUAGCUCUGUUGUUCUGGAUGACUGCAAAAGUAGGUACCAUCCAGCAUGGUCUACUCUAGUAGAGAUCCAUCUUUUCUAAAUGAACUAACCCAUUGGCUGG